GGCCCAUAAACAGCACAGAUAAGGCCAGGAUGCUCUGUUUGAACAUCCACCACCACACCCAAGUUUCACUUUCCAAGAACACACCUGUUCUUGCUUUUGUCUUCAUGGAUUUCUUCAUUACAGGACCGGGUCUGAACGUCAAGGCCUCGCUGUGCAGAGGGACGCACUGACCACGGUGCAGAACUGUUUGUUUUCAUUUGGGUCAGACAGACUCCUCCGGUCCAACCAUGGUCCAUGUGGAUUUGCACUCCGUCACCCAGCCGGUGGGCAUCAUGCGGAUAAUGGCAGCGAUCCUCACCUGCAUGUGCUUCAUCCUGGUAGCGACAGUGGGCCAUGUGUCGUCUCCGUACUGGGCGUGGUGCAUGUUCACUUGGUGCUUCUGCUUCUUCUUCACCCUUUGCAUUCUCAUCCUGGAGUUCACCACGCUCAGCACCAAGGUGCCUUUUGCCUGGGAUGACUUCACGGCCGCCUUCGCCAUGCUGGCGGGCCUCCUGUGCCUGUCCGCCUCCAUCAUCUACCCCAUCUUCUUCACCUGUAGCAUCUGCCACCGGGCCAUUGGUGCCUCCGUGGUGUCCUGGGUGUGUUUUGCGGUGUAUGCAGGCGAGGUGGUCAUAACUCGCCUUCGUCCGAGCGGCCAAACCAGCGGCUUCCUCUCCACGCUGCCUGGCAUCAUGAAGAUGCUGGAGACCUUCUUCGCCUGCCUCAUCUUCACGUCCCUGGAGACGGGCCAGUACUCGGGGUCUCCGGGGCUGCAGUGGUGCGUCGCUGUGUACUCGCUGUGUUUCAUCUUCGCCCUCCUCAUCAGCCUGCUCAGCCUCGGACAGCUGACCGUUCACUUUCCAUUCUCCUUUGACAAGCUGGCGAUUGUCUACAACGUUUUGGCAGCGGUGAUGUAUAUGACGGCUGUGGUGAUCUGGCCGCUGUACAGCUUCCGCAACAAUAAGAGACCCAGUAACUGCGGCUCGCUCUGUCCCUGGGAUAAACUGCUGGUGGUGACCUUCAUGACCAUCUUCAACGCUAUCGUCUACACGCUGGACUCCAUCUACUCCAUACGUCUGGUGUUCUGUGUCAGCAGAGAGUGAACUGCUGCUUAUUUAAACUAAGAUACACUACUGUUCAGAAGUUUGGGGUCACCCAGACAGUUCCAUGUUUUCCAUGAAAAGUCCCACUUUUAUCCAUGUGCUAACAUAACUGUACAAGGGUUUUCUAAUCAUCAAUGAGCCUUUCAACACCAUUAGCUAACACAAUGUAGCAUGAGAACACAGGAGUGAUGGUUGCUGGAAAUGUUCCUCUGUACCCCUAUGGAGAUAUUCCAUUAAAAAUCAGCCCUUUCCAGCUAGAAUACUCAUUUACCACAUUAACUAUGUCUACACUGGAUUUAUCAUUCAUUUAAUGUCAUCUUCAUUGAAAAAAUGCUUUUCUUUCAAAAAUAAGGACAUUUCUAAGUGAUCCUAAACUUUUGAAUGGUAGUGUAGAUUAAUUAAAGUUGCUCUUUU